GUAAGGAUGCGCAAUGCAGAUGUGAGGAAUCACCUUAAGAGCAAAGAAAACGGAAGAUGUUAGGAAUCAAUCAAAAUCAGUAGGAAAACUGGAUUUAAUACUUAGGUGUGACUAACCAAAGGAAAAUCCUUAUUUAGGAAUCGUAUAAUACAAUAGCAAAGCAAUUUCUUUGGAAAGUUUUUAAAUUUUGGAGUAUGGUCAAAAGAGGAAUACUGAAAAUUAAACCAACAACUAAAUUGAAAAAUAAAGCUUACGAACAGGAUUUACUUUCCAAUAUGUAUGCUCUUAUUCGUUUGUUCUAUGCUAUAAUUAACACAAAGUUCUUUGUUACAGGCAUCGUUGGUGCUUUGUGGAAUAACAAAUUGCUAUUAUUACGCUUAUGACCCAACGGUGAGAACACUAAAUCUUCGUUAUGGCUUUUUCUGGCAUUUCUAUACGGACACCUCCGCGUUGCCAUAUCAGCGCUGGACUUUUCACUCUUACAGUCAUCCUUGUGAUUUUCUUUGUCGCGAUUACCUACAAUUCCUCUCCACGCCAGCCAGUAAACCGCCUAGCUGGACAGUCAGCACUGAAGUACAAUCGCUUACAGCCACUCCGAGAUAUGUUUGUCAAUGCGUCAAAGGUCAAGGUCACGGGGUCAACCGUUCAAAGAAAACUAAACGUGACUGAUUUACAGGAGGUGAAAAACAAGGUGUCUUUUUUGUUGUUGUUGAUCGUGACAACCGCACCCUCGAGGUACGACAGAAGAGAAGCGAUAAGGCAAACAUGGUGGAAGAAAUGUGAUGGCGUUGACGUUAUGGCUUUUUCUGGCAUUUCUAUACGGACACCUCCGCGUUGCCAUAUCAGCGCUGGACUUUUCACUCUUACAGUCAUCCUUGUGAUUUUCUUUGUCGCGAUUACCUACAAUUCCUCUCCACGCCAGCCAGUAAACCGCCUAGCUGGACAGUCAGCACUGAAGUACAAUCGCUUACAGCCACUCCGAGAUAUGUUUGUCAAUGCGUCAAAGGUCAAGGUCACGGGGUCAACCGUUCAAAGAAAACUAAACGUGACUGAUUUACAGGAGGUGAAAAACAAGGUGUCUUUUUUGUUGUUGUUGAUCGUGACAACCGCACCCUCGAGGUACGACAGAAGAGAAGCGAUAAGGCAAACAUGGUGGAAGAAAUGUGAUGGCGUUGACGUCAUAUGUUAUUUCUUCACGGACGCUCUUGGACUGUCUGAACAACAAGAAAACGCACUCUCUAAAGAGCAGGACGUAUACAGAGACAUAGAAUUCAUGGCGCUUGAAGUCACACGCAUCUUCGGAAUCCGUUUCUUAUACCAGAUCAUGUGGGCGAAGGCCAAGUUUGACUUCACAUACAUGCUUCAUAUGGACGAUGAUUACUUCUUAUGCUUGGACAAACUCAAGUCAGAGCUGUACCAAAGACCGAGGAAAUCGCUGGUCUGGGGUUCAUAUCACUGCAGCUACCAGGACCUUAUUUACGUCGACGAAGCCUGGAUCGUGUUUUCUGCAGACGUCAUCGAGCGCUUCCUCUCACAAGAUCCUCGUAGCGUUGUUUGUCAUCCACACAGCGAUCAGCAAAUUGGAUUUUGGCUUCACAGCCUGUACGGUAAUAAGACGUCUUUGGUUGAAUUUGACGAUCACAGACUACAUCAUUACCCGCCGGCAAGGGAACUCGAAAAAUUCAAGAAUUUCUCUCGGGUAUGUGAUCAAUACCUUGGUGUUCACGGCAGCUCGCCAGAAAUGAUACGUAAUUUUGGGCUGGACAGCAGAGACACGCGUGAGUUGAUCACAAGUUCAUUGCCACUAACUCGCAUAACGGAGACAUGUUAUUUUCCAAACGUAUUCAACAUAUCGCUAAUGGGGGGGAUGUAUAAAUUUGAAUUGAGGCCGUGUAUAGCAAACCCACGAUGGACUCCGGGCGAAGGAAUGUGGCAAGGUACACAUGGACGGUAGAUCUUGAAAUUUUCCGUUAGCAAAAUCAAUAUCGGUCCUAUCUCGUACGAAAAACGUUUGUUACAUACCGUUAGAUCCAAAAGGCCGAAAUGUUUUUGGGCCCUACCAUAAUUGAAGCCCAAGAGCCGGGAAAACAAUUGGGGUUACCACCUCAUAGAAAGGUCUGGAUUCGCCGCUACUAGUUACUGCGUCACUGUUGCCAUGAAAAACGCAUGUUUUAGUAUUAAAAUAACGGCUAUGGCUUUUUAGCCGUAUCUGUCGGAUAAGCAUA